AUGAACGCAUCUAUCAUUGGAAAAUGUAAACAGAUCCAGUUUAUUAGAGCAAAUCCAGUUACUUGUGUACAAGAUAACAUUACGGAAAACACUAGAAAACCAAACAUUUGCGGUAAAGAAGUACGAUCUUUCUACGAAACUUUGUUAGCUGAACCGUCCACUUCGGUGGUUCCAGAUGCUACGAUAGUUAAACACACAGUUAAACUGGAAAAGCUCAAGAAUAACAGUCAACAUCUUCGGAAGUCCACGAGAGUAUCAAAUAAUAUCUCGAAGAAGAAGGAUGAUAUUACAAAAAACGUCCAGCAACUUUUCAAGGAUGCUGCAAAUGGAAAUAUGCAAGGUGUUAUGGAUUAUUAUUGUGGAAAAGGUAUGUUUGGUAUUAUACUUUCAAGAAAUACACUAAAAGAUUUCAAAUGGAUGGUAGUCAGUAUCAGAAAUGGAAAAUCAUAUGACAUGAAAACUGCAGGAAUGGAUAUCAAUAUAUCGGAUCAGUAUGGUUGGACUGCAUUGAUGUGUGCAAGCUAUGCAGGGCAUUUACAUAUUGUUAAAUAUUUGUUAUCGAUGGGAGUAGAUAUUUCAAAGCGAAGCAAAUCAGGUGAAACAGCUGCUGACUUUGCAUUAAAAUGUGGACAUCAUGAAAUAUACCGAUGUAUUUUCUCACAUGAAAAGGAAAGAUCGAAAAAUUCCGGAAUGCGGUGUGAAUCAUUCUUGCAAAAAAUCAAAGAAUCCGGAAAUUUUGAAGAGAUCACACGCUUUUGUGAUGCCUGUCAAUGUACUUAUGUAGGAGAAGCUCAUCUAAGCAGUGUAGCACAUCUUUUGGAAACGCGAAAACCGGUGCUUGAUCCAGGGUAUGGAAUUCCAGAAUGGAAUAAAGGUUAUCGCAUUUUACGGAGAAGUGGCUGGGAUGAAUUUGAAGGAUUAGGUCGUAAUGCGACGGGUCGGCGAUAUCCGAUAAAAACAAUACUGAAGAGAGAUAAGCUUGGCUUAGGUUGUGCUAGAUUCGAUGCAGCUAAAGUGACUCAUUUCAAGGCUAAUGAUGUGAAAGCGGUGAAAGUAGGACUUAUAACGAGAGCAAAACAGAUGAAAGACCGAAGGAAGCAAAUACUUCACGGGAAGAUUUUAGAGCGUCGAUUUAGAAAUAUGUUUAGAGGUGAUUGA